CAACUUGAUGGAGAGGAAGAUAUUCAAUAGUGUACAACCAAAAUGUAAGAACAGAAGACAUCUUCCUGCAAAUGGGCAAUAAAACACCAGGCAGCAGCAGUUGUGAAAGAAUGGUUGUAAAAAUUCAACUGCCAAAUACCAUGAUGAAAGAUAUUUCACUGGAUGUGAAACCUAAAUUCCUAGAUCUACGGACUCCCAAAUAUAAACUUGGUCUCCAUUUGCCAUUUACUGUGAAGGAAAAUGAAAGUCAAGCUCAAUGGGAUGGAGGAGAGAGUUGUCUUAGUGUGUCACUGAAAAUGAUCAGGGAAUAUGACUUUGUGAACUUCUGAUAGAUCUGUAAAAGAGUACACAUGCAAGUCUUUACUAGGGGUAUGCAUGUGGGUAUUUGUGUAUGUGUAAUUUUAAUCCUUAUUUAAGUUAUCAAUGAUAUAAUAAAAGAAUUUUUAUGCUGA